AUGCCUGCUGAAAGCCCGGAGGAGAGGACGCUGGAGGUGCUGGCGCUGCCAGCAGCAGUGGAUGAGGAGCUGCUCUUCCUCUACUUUGAGAAUAAGCGGCGCUCUGGAGGAGGUCCACUCGUCUCCGUGGAGAAGAAAGAUGACCGUGCCGUGCUGGUGUUUGAAGAGGCAGAAGCUGCAACAAGAGUGCUGUCCAAAGGGAACCACGUUCUGCACAAUGUCGAGCUAACUCUGAGGAAACCCGCCUCAAAGGACCCGUGUCGGCUGCUGCUACGGGGGAUCAACCCCAACACCUGCACGGAGAUGAUAGAGCUGUAUGUGGAGAACAUGAUGGGGCUGAACGUGCCUGACUACACUCUGCAUCCUUCACCAGGGAGAGAUCUCAUCCUCAUUCACCUCAGCCAGCCCUUCUCGAAAGAUUUCCAGAAACUUAGCGCUAAAAUCUCCCAGAGGAAACUCGACGGGGCCGCGGUGACUCUUGAGCAGACUGAGCAAACUGACUCGGUGUUGGUGGAGAACCU